GGUAAAUUAUUGCUGCGAGAGGCUAAAAUGAGGUACAAUAAAACACGUAUCUAAUAGCUAAUAGAAAUUAUUCAAUCUUUACUAGAAAUUGUUUGAUUACUAUCAAUAAGCGAUAUUGUGUCAGGAUCUGUUUCACAUUUUAAGUCGCAAAGACAUAACAGACAAGUGAUAAAGUGAAUUAUAACUUUGUAUUAUUCGCAAACAUUGAAAGAUCGUUUGGGUACCGCUGAUAGACUUGUUCCGCGAACUAUUCCGAUCGGUUUACCAUCGCGUUUUCCUGAAGAAUUUUGGAAAAUCGUGUUUGUUUAUGUGUUUGUUUGCCAUGUAGUCUAAAUCCGGAGCCUUCCUGGCUGUCCAAACUAUCCCAACUCGAUUUGCUUCCCAUACCUAAAGGACUAUCUUGGUUUCAGUCGCAAAAACAGAGGUUGGCAGUAUUUCGGGAAUAUGAAGCCAAAAAAGCAUCGAACCAAUGGGCCAACGAGGCAGGCGACCGUAUUUGGUCGCAUGGUGGCCCAAUACGAGCCUUCUUUCAAAAAAGCGGUUAUAUUAUACGCGGAGCAGAAGAGUACCAGUGAGGCAAAAAAACGUUACGGGAUUAGCGAAUCCAAUAUAAGAAGAUGGCGCAGGUUGAAGGCUCAAAUUCUAGAGAAAGCUUCCCAGGCAGUGAGAAGAUCGGCCAGAGUUACUACGCAUAAAGCGAACGACUUUUGCGAAGACGAUAGCCUUGAUAACUCUAAUAACAGUUUAGAUUCCAUGCCUCUGCAGCAACGACUCUCCCAGUCAGCCCAGCCCGACCCUCAACCAGGUGCGUCGCAACAGCAAGAACCCGUUUUGCAGAGUCAGCCCCUGUCGCCUACCAAGUUGAAGGUCACCAGACAAGCGGCCAAGCCACAGCUCCCUCUUCCGAAAAUUACCUCACCACAACCGCCCAACGAGGAGGUCUGCUUGAGGUGGAACAGUCACCACACAAAUAUGCAGGCAGCGUUCCCUAGUUUGCUCCUGAAGGAGCAGUACGUCGAUGCAACUUUGGUAGCAGAGGGCAAAACUUUAAAGUGUCACCGGAUGAUACUGUCGUCGUGCAGUCCGUAUUUCGAGGAAGUUUUGAGCGGCAUCAGCCCGAUCCAGCAUCCUGUUCUUUUCAUGAAAGACAUCCCGUUCUGGAUACUAAAGGCACUGUGCGAUUUCAUGUACGCCGGCGAGGUUCACAUAUUCCAGAAUAGGUUGGAAGAGUUGCUAAAGGUAGCCGAGGCUUUGAAGAUUAAAGGUCUGGCCGGCAGGCCUCAUACCAAAGACGAUCCCAAUCCAUCUCCGAUCGUAGCGACCGUAAAAGAAGAAAAGGACCCCAUGACGCAACCGGCCGUGCUUAAACAGAAAGAUCUGAAAGAACCGAAAGACGAGAAAGAAAAAAAACGGGAGGACAAAAAGGUUAAGCUGUACAACCUUACCAAGGCGGAACUUCCAAAAUUGUCGCCCAAACCAUCGACCUCGAGGAGUCCCGCGAAAUCCAGUUACCCGCACUCGCCGAAGAAGUUCGACAGGAAUAAGAGCAGUCAACACUCCGAUAUUCUUAAGGAAAAGGAAAAAACGCCACUGAAGAAGGGCGACAUGAUCGACCCUUUGGACCUUUUGGAACCCGUCUACGAGGAAAUUACAAAGGAACCGCCGCCGUUAUUGAAACCCGCCAUACCUUUGAAGCUUAGAGAAGUCAAGCAUGUGCCCAUUAAAAGGAAUAUAGGUAAAAAGGUGAAGAAGAGAAGAUACGUCGAAGAUCGGGAGGAGUCGCCGCCGCUGAUGUUCCAGUCGAGGAAGGGGACGAGGUCGCGUCCCAACGUCAAAGUACCGAAGUUCUUCCAUUCCCACUACGAGCCGCAAGCCAAGGAAACAGGCGACGCCCCCAUAGUACGGGAGCCUCACACCGUCCAAAACGAUCCCUUGAUCCAAGUGGAGGACAUCAAGGCGGAGCCGCUCGACGUAGAAGACACAAUAAUAGACGUCAGCGACAAUAUGGUCAGUUUCGAUGACCAAGAAAUGACGUCACACGAGGAAGAAAUCAUUGGCAACUACGACAGCCCGAUCGUUAACAUGAAGGGCUGCGAUACGCCUACGCCGUUCGCAAAGAUCAAACUGCUACCUCAGCCGGUCAUCAUGGAUGUUCACACGGUGACUGAAAACGUCCAGGAGAAAUUACUGCUAGCGUGCAACAAAGACAGCGUCAAGUUGGUAGACAUCUCGAAGCUGGGCACGAUAAACACUAGGCAUGAGGACCCCCUGGACGGCUCCAACAUUUUAAUCAGCAACGUGCAAAGCGUGGUGGAAGACAUCGCGGAAGUCGAAACAAGCGAACCUCUUAAAAUUAGUUCAAACGAACUGGUCCAUAAUACGGAAAGCAACGCCAAAUCGAAUGGACUGAGUUUCCGGAUAGAGAGCGUGGUGAGUGAAUGUACUAAUGAACUAUCUCCCAGCAGCAGCCAGGAGACUGAAGUUUCCAAGGAAAUUAAAGAAAUGGAAAAGGAACUACCUCAGCUAGGCGGUGCCGAGCAACUUAGGGACGAUGACGUGGGCGACAUGAUUCAAUUGGAAGCACCAGGUCGAGAAGAGGAAACACCUACGACCGUUGAAGACGCCGGAGGUCUUAUGAUCGAGGCUAUCAGUGAAAAUUCAAUCUCCCAAGGGGAUACAAAUGAUGAUGAGGAUGCGAAGGAACCAGAAGGGGAGGAGAAGUCGGCGGUCAGCGACGAAAGUGUCUUGGAAGGUUUCGGGGAGGAUGACGUAGUGAUGAAGGGUGGUAAUUCUGAUAAGGGGACGGAAAAGACGUUGGAAAUGAUCGUUAAUGACCUGAACGAAAGUCUGGGGGAGAUGAUGAUGAAAGAGACCGACAGCUGCGUAAGCGAGACUUCGUAACUUGGGGGGGUGUGGUUUUCCAGGUGUUGUGUAAAUAAAGGAAUUUAAAGUCGAUGUUAGGGCGUAGAACGUUCUGUUCGGUCGGUAAGUGUAUAUUUUUCUAUUGUAUAUUUUCCACCUUUGGGGCAGCCAAUUGUCGCUUGAUUUUGGUGCGUCAGUAUUACUCCGGAUGUUUUUAUUUAAACUUAGGAUCUAAAAGUUGUUCAGUUUGUUUGUCGACUUGAACGUUGUAAAUUAAAGGAGUUUUUUGAAGAACUGGCUCUGUUUAUGUGAAAUCUAAUUGGUGACACGACUAAAAGCAGUUCAACUGAUCUAACAGCACCCAAAGAGAAUAUAAACAUAUGACCCAAGCGUCGGCAAAU